GCGCAGGUACGGAAAUGAAAAUUCAGCUUCCCGUACGUGGCACAGGAGCCGUGGAAUUUGUUUUGUGUAUAUUUUUUUUUCAUUGAUAAAAAUGACAAGCGUUAACUAAAUAAUAAGUAAGAGGUUCAUUAUAAAAGGAGUAGAAUUCUUUAGGUCUAUAACCUGAAACUUAAAAAUAUACAAAACAUGAGUGGACAGUUCCCUUACCCUGGAGGUCCUCCUAUGGCUGUACCAAGACAGAAUCAGACAGCAGUGUUUAAUGGCUCUUUGUCACCAGGUCAAGGAUAUGAAACACCCAAUGCUGGUAAAUACCCUCCAACACAGAAUGGUCCAUAUGGUGCGCCACCAAGGCCCCAGUUUCCAUUGCAAGGAGCUACACUUGGUCAUGUUGGAAUUCCAUCUGGAUUUCCACCCGGGCAUCCAUCACAAUCAGUAGGUGCAGUACCGCCUACUUCACAGUUCAACUCUAUGUCACUUAAUGAUCCUGCAAUAAGACCAGUUAUGCAACCUAGUCAGAUGGGUGUUGCAUCACAACUUCCACCAACACCCAAUCAGAUGAGUGGUCCACAGCAAAGAAGUAUGGGGCCAUUCCCUCCCAACAGUACUGGACCUAAUGCAGGUCUUCCACCGCCACUUAGUGGCAGUCACCCACCACCUGUGGGUGGCAGCUUGCCACCUCCUCUUGGAGGAGGAAUGCAGCCACCUUUCACCGGAGGUUUACCACCAUCUCUUGGAGGAGGAAUUCAACCUCCCACAAGUGGAGUAUUGCCACCACAUCCUGUUGGAAGCAUGCCACCUCCAACUAGUGGAGUAUUACCACCACAUCCUGUUGGAAACAUGCCAUCUCAAACUAGUGGAGUACUACCUCCACAUCCUGCUGGAAGCAUGCAACCUCCUACUGGAGCCGUACCACCACAUCCUGCUGGAAGCAUGCCACCACAUAAUAGUAGUGGUUUACCACUGCAGCAAAGUGGAGGAAUGCAGCCGCCUGUCAGUGGAGGUUUUCCACCUCAGCAAGGAGGCAUGCCACUCCCACUUGGUGGAGGGAUGCCACCUCCCAAAGCAGGAAUUCCGACCUAUGGACCACCUUCAGUUCCUACUUCCUCACCUAUGGCUGCUCCGAUAGCAUCACCAGGAUUUCACCCACUUUCUUCUAGUGUACCUGGUAGUUUGCCUCCAGUAAGCAGUCAGCAGUUUCCUCCAUCCUCCCAGUUGCCUCCUUCAGGAGUGGGACAGUACCAGGGACAACCACCAUCAGGUGGAUUUCAAGGGCAGCUGCCACCACAGUCUUCACAUCAGCCAUUUCAACCUGGAGCACACUAUAAUAUGCCAAGCCAAAGCAUGCCAGGGCAGCCAAUGCACUCCACCCAGCCAGGUGGCCCUCCUCCCACCAUGGGAAUGGGUGGCCCUCCUCCCCCCAUGGGAAUGGGUGGCCCAGUAAACCAGUUUCCUGGCUCAUCACCUUUCCAACAGCAGUCCCCUGGAUACCCUGGCCAGCCAACACAACCUCAGCAACAGAAGAGACUUGAUCCUGAUCAAAUGCCAAGUCCUAUUCAAGUAAUAGAAGAUGAUAAAAAAAACAGGUCAGGCGUGUAUCAAACAAAUAUCAAAGGAAGUGUACCUCCUUUAGUUACAACUCCUUUUAUCACACAAGACCAAGGCAAUUCUGGUCCAAAAUUCAUUCGUUCUACAAUGUAUAAUGUGCCAUGUACUGCAGAUAUGCUUAAAUCAUCUCAUAUACCUUUUGCUCUUGCCUUAACUCCAUUUGCAGAGUUAGAUCCCAAUGAGCAAGCACCACCUUUAGUAGACUUGGGUGAACUAGGACCUGUCAGAUGUAAGCGCUGUAAGGCAUAUAUGAAUCCCUUCAUGCAGUUUAUUGAUGGUGGCAGGAGGUUUCAGUGUGUAUUUUGCGGUGCUGCUACAGAUGUGCCAAAUGAAUAUUUUGCUCACUUGGAUCACACAGGACGUAGAGUGGACUGUUAUAAUAGAGCAGAGUUGUGUUUAGGAACCUAUGAGUUUGUGGCCACUAAAGAUUAUUGUAAGAAUGGCAUUCCUCCUAAAGAGCCAGCCUUUAUUUUCAUGAUUGAUGUGUCCUACAAUAGUGUAAAGAGUGGGCUAGUCCAACUGAUAUGUAAUCAGCUGAAAUCUGAAAUACUUGUCAAUUUACCCAAAGAAUCAGGUGCUGAUGCUUCUGAGAUCAGAGUUGGAUUUGUCACUUACCACAAAGAACUUCAUUUUUAUAAUGUCAAGAGUUCCCUUGCUCAGCCUCAAAUGAUGGUAGUGUCAGAUUUGGAAGACAUGUUUGUUCCACUCAUUGAUGGCUUUUUGGUGAAGUUGUCAGAAUCUGAGGGAGUAAUAGAUAGCUUGCUGUCACAGAUACCUCAGCUAUUCAGUGAGUCUAAAGAAACUGAGCUUGUUCUUGGGCCAGUGAUACAAGCAGGUCUGGAUGCGCUGAGAUCUGCUGACAGGCCAGGGCGUUUGUACAUAUUCCACACAGGUUUACCUACUGCUGAAGCCCCUGGCAAAUUGAAAAACAGAGACGAUAGAAAAUUGUUGGGAACUGAGAAAGAGAAAACUAUCUUAACGCCACAGACACAAUUUUAUAGCAAACUGGGUACAGAUUGUGUUGCUGCUGGUUGUAGUGUGGAUCUUUUCCUCUUCCCUAAUCAGUAUAUUGAUGUAGCCACUAUGUCAGAUAUAUGCAGGGUCACCUCUGGCAACAUUUAUAAAUACAGCUAUUUUCAAGCUGAUAUUGAUGGGGAAAGAUUUAUUGAGGAUCUGAAAACUUCAGUCAAACGGUCACAAGGGUUUGAUGCAAUACUGAGAGUUCGAACUAGUACAGGAAUUCGGCCUGUUGAUUUCUAUGGUAAUUUUUACAUGGCAAACACCACUGAUGUGGAAAUGGCUUCAAUUGAUAGUGAUUCCACUGUGUGUCUGGAGGUGAAACAUGAUGAUAAACUCAAUGAAGCAGAGGGAGCAUUUAUACAGGUGGCAGUCCUGUACACAACUAUAUCAGGCCAAAGAAGAUUGAGGUGUCAGAACUUGGCAUUAAACUGUUGUGUUCAAAUGGCAGAUUUGUUUAGAAGCUGUGAACUGGAUGUACUAAUCAACUUCUUUGCUAAACAGGCUAUUCGCACAAGUUUGAAUGCAAAUCCCAAACAAGUGAGAGAGCAUAUUAUGAAUGAAGUGGCACAGAUUUUGGCCUGUUAUCGUAAAAAUUGUGCCAACCCUUCCUCUGUGGGUCAGCUGGUGCUGCCUGAAUGUAUGAAACUUCUACCUUUGUAUGCCAACUGUAUUAUCAAAAAUGACAGCAUAUCUGGAGGCUCAGAAAUUUCAACAGAUGACAGAAGUUACUUGAUGCAUCUGGUGAAUGGCAUGGAUGUCAAGCUCUCUAAUGUCUUUUUCUACCCUAGACUUGUACCAUUUCACACACUGGACAUGGACUCAACAGACUUCCCCACUGCUAUUAGAUGCUCUGUUGAAAGGUUGGAGGACUCUGGUAUUUAUAUUCUAGAAAAUGGCCUGUCUAUGUUCUUGUGGGUUGGUAUAAAUGUUAGUCCAGAUACAAUUCAGAAAAUAUUUGCUGUACAAAGUGCUGCUCAGAUAGACAUAGACAAGGUGAAGAUAUUACAGUUGGACAAUCCAGUGUCUCGUAGAUUGUGUGACCUGAUAAAUCGAAUCAGGCAUGAAAGAUCCAGAUACCUCAAGCUGACCAUCGUGAGACAGAGAGACAAGCUUCAGUCUUGGUUUGAUCACUUCCUGGUUGAAGAUAAGAGCAUGAACAAUGGCAGUUCCUACGUGGACUUCCUGUGUCACAUUCACAAAGAAAUUAGAAACAUUUUGAAUUAACUUUUUAACCCCAUGUAUACAAAAGAAGACAGUUGUAUGUGUAUGUCAAUUUAGAAAAGUUUUCUUAUCGUUUUCAUUCAAUCCACUCUUUCUUUUAGAUUGAAAAACAAGUGAAAAUUCAUUAGCUGCGGGGGCACAAAAUUCACUCUUGUGGAGUCCUUUAAAAUGAGUUAUUUUCCCUACGUUUGUAUUUUGCCAUAAUUAGCAACUUAUCUUAUAUUUGUUUAGAAUACUUGUCUGAUUAUUUCAGUUUUGUUAAGGCCUUUUUUUUUUUUCAAACUGUGAUCUACUUCAUUUGUUGUGUGGUUCAAUCUGAAUACAGUAAUGUGCAUUCUACUCUCUGGAUGCCAACCAUUUUAUCUCUGUAUUCAUUGUAGAGACUGAGCUAAUGUAAAAGUUGACAGAAGACUAAGACUAUUGUUGUUUGUAUAUAAUCUACAUUCUUGAUGAGAGUACAUUUCAUGCUAGGGACAUAAUAACAUACUUGUUAUAUCAGUGAUUACUGAUAUAUUUUCAUACAGAGGUUAUGGGCCUUUUAAGAUUUCAUUUGAUUUUCAUCCUUCAUUUUUUGGUGGAAGAAAAAAUAAAGUAUUGUUGAAAAAAAAAUAUUUGAAAUGAUUGUCUGGUUUAUUUUGAGCUCAUGAAGGAGAUGUGGAUGUUAAUAUUUGAUUUACUUUCUCAUUGAACCUCGGGUGCAUGCUGGGAGACUAGUUGUAUAAUACGCAAUCUAAGUUUUUUAAUAUGUGAUUUCAAAACAAAACAAAAAAUGCAUUACUAAUGCCUCUCAUAAAGAUCAACUAUGUAAAUAAAAAUCUGGUGACAAAAAAUUGCCUAAGUUAUUUUAUGUAUAUAUUUAGAGUGAUAUUUUGUGCAUGCAUGAAAACUUUAGUUGUUUUUUUUUUUUUUUUUCUUUUUGACCUCUGUUCCAUUGAAAAUCUUUCUAAUUUUUUUUUUUAAUUUGUGUUGAUAGUCAUUAAGGUAGAAGUAAUUUCCAACAAGGAAUUUUUGCAUGCAAAGAACUUAAAUAUGCUACCAUUAUAUAUUUUAUUCAUGUAAAUAAAUGCUAUAUAUAUAUUAUACAAAACUAUGUUGGACCUUUUUGUGUCAGUCUACUUGAAGGAGAUGUUUUCUUUCACAUAGGAGGCUUUGAUGAGCUGCUCUACUUGCUAUUUAUUGACAGCUGUGUUAAUUGUGUUGAAUAAAUUGUUUCAAGAGUC